AUGGAGACGAUCUUGCUGCUGCGCCUGCGCGUCCAGGGCGACGCCGUCGGCUACUGCCUUCCGACCGGCGAGUUUCUCUUUGCGACGAUGGACGCACCGCGCUGGUUCUUUGAGCCGACGGCCGAGACGUCCGAGUACGACGGGUCGCUCUUGUACGGGCAAUCGAUCUACAACUUCAUGUCGCCACUCGACCGCCAGCGCUUGUACCAGUACGUCUACGACGUCCAGGCCUCGCUUCUCGAGUCGCUCGAGGCCGCGGACCGCCGGUCGCGCACGGCGCCGCACGCGCUUCCCCGCAACGAAGCCGCGCUCUUACAGAAGGAGCUGCCGUUCCUGUGCACCAUUGACGGUACCGCCACGGUCCUGCGCAUCGAGGUGACUGCGACGCCGCUCACGUUUCGCCUUCAGCGCUGCAUUGAUGCGAUCCAGGCAGUCUCGGAGCACACGCGCCGCUUCAGCGACGAGUCGGUCUUCGUCAUUGACGAGAACGAGUACCAGAGCAUCAUUGCAAAUGACGCGUACUGCGUUGGCGUCGACGACGGCGAGUCACACGCGUAUGGAACUGCCGACGACGGCGAGUCACACGGGCAUGGGACUGCCGACGACGAGAUGGACAGGGAGCGCGACUCGGACGCGUCGCUCGCCGACUUUGCGUUCGACUUUCAGGCCGACUGGGCCGAGACGUCGCCGAUGCGCCUGCAGCUCGACCAGACGCACGACGCUAUUGACAGCGGGCGCAAGGCGUCGCCGCAGGCGACUACGAGCCCGAUGGCCAUGCACCAGUUCUAG